ACAAAAAAACCUCAAGUCUAUUAAAUAAAAUGUGACCAAAAUGAAGGAGAAUACAUAGUAUCUUCUUGGUUAUGUUCUUUCUUUCUUCUUACACCCAAAAAAAAAAGAAGCAGCUUGUCUUGAUUAAUUUCACUACUUUAUAUGUAUAUUAUAUAUAGUAAUGACUUCUAUGUGUUUUAAUUAUCACAAUUUCUUUCAUAUGACAUCUACUUGAGGCUGAAAAAGAAAAAACAAUCAAGAAAAAGGUCCUAGUUAAAAGAUCCAAACUGUAAUUAGGAAAAGAAGUUAACAUGGGAGUACCAGAAUCAGAGAUGGUGUCACAAGGUGAAGUUCAAUCACCAUUGCAACCAGACCAAAACCAGCACAACAAUCACCCGUUCCCAUCCCUCGGUCGACAAGCCUCGAUUUACUCCCUCACGCUUGACGAAUUCCAACAUACUGUUUGCGAGAGUGGGAAGAAUUUCGGGUCGAUGAACAUGGAUGAAUUCCUUAACAGCAUUUGGACUGCUGAAGAAAACCACGCCCACGCCCACGCGCAUGCUCAGCCUCACUUCCAGGCUGCAAGUACAGGGGAAGUGGCUAGCGCGCCACAUUUUGCAUUAGGACAGGGCAAUGUUUCGUUGGAGAAAGCUAUUGUCAAGCAGCCAAGCUUGCCAAGACAGGGCUCUCUUACGCUUCCUGCACCGUUGUGUAGAAAAACUGUAGAUGAAGUUUGGUCAGAAAUUCAUAAGAGCCAAAAAGAUCAGCAACAGAACAACGAGGGCAGAAUACAGAACACUGGUAACGGUAGUUCCACUCAACGACAGGCUACGUUCGGUGAAAUGACGCUCGAGGAUUUCCUGGUUAAAGCAGGGGUUGUACGCGAACAGGGAAAUUCAGCCCCUGCACCUCCUCAGCAGCAAUCAUAUAUGAUGUAUCAAAACAGUGCAAAUCCCACUAUGGCUCGGCCUGUUAUCGGCCUAGGUGGAGUCGCGGGCGGUGUUGGCGUCGGUGUUGCCAUUCCCGGUUAUCCGCCGCUUCCACAAACCGGGGUGGUUGAUGCCCACGCGUACCCAAUCAGCAUGAAAAGGGGCAGCGGAUUCCCACAACAGCCAACGCCCGUUUACAGUGGGAGAAUGGGGAAUGGUAGCGGAGUCGGGUACGGGCAAGUAGUGCAAGGUGUGGCCGGAAUGGGGUCGCCACUAAGUCCAGUGUCGUCUGACGGACUAUGUGUGAAUCAAAUCGAUAGCGGGAGCCAAUACGGAUUGGACAUAGGAAUGAGAGGUGGGAGAAAACGCAUACUAGAUGGUCCAGUAGAGAGAGUUGUUGAAAGAAGGCAAAGGAGAAUGAUCAAGAACAGAGAAUCAGCAGCAAGAUCAAGAGCAAGGAAACAGGCUUAUACUGUUGAACUUGAGGCAGAAUUGAACCAGCUAAAAGAAGAAAAUGCACAUCUAAAACAGGCCCUGGCGGAGCUGGAGAGGAAAAGGAAACAACAGUACUUUGAUGAAGCGAAAAUGAAAGCGCAAACGAAGGCGCAAAAGGCGAAUGGCAAAUUAAAAGGGACGAGGAGGAGCUUGAGUUGCCCUUGAAUCUUGAUGACAAAAUGAUACAAAACCGGGUAAAUGCAGAAAGACGAACGAUGAACAUGCAUUUGCGCUUAUGUUUCGUUCCAAAUAUAAAUGCUGUUUCGUUCCAAAUAUAAAUGUUAUAGUGGUAGGAAUAGUAGUUAUAGUGUUGAGUGUUUCGUUCCAAAUAUAAAUGUUGUAGUGGUAGGAAUAGUAAUAGUGUUGAGUGAGAUAAGAAAGUUUUAUUUUAAAUUUUUCUAGUUACAGAGACGGAUUCAGUGUAACGAAUUAUAGGUUUCAGUCGAACCUCAUAGCUUUGUCUUGAACCUUGAAUAUGUGUUUAAAAGAAGUAACUCUAAGUACAAAUAAUAAAUUCGAACUCAAUAAAGGAAAGCAAAUUGA